GUAUUAUAUAGUUCUGGUAAAAUGGUAGAAUUGUUGAUAUCAUCUGAUGUGGCUAAAUAUUGUGAAUUCAGAACUGUUAGUAGAGUACUUACUCAAAAUGACUCUUUAAUAGAGAAGAUACCUUGUUCAAGAGCUGAUGUAUUCAGUAGUAAAGAUGUGUCUAUGUUAGAUAAAAGAAAAUUAAUGAAAUUUCUAGAAUGGUGUGCUGGAUAUCAUAAAAAUCCUGAAGAAUAUAAAGAAUAUGUAGAUAAAACUUUUCACGAAGUGUUAAUAUCAAGAAAUUUGUCAGAAAAUCUUCAGAAUAUAAUACAGAAUGCCAUUGCCAUGGUAACAGUGGAUGAUUCUGUAACAGAGGUUAGAUCUUUUUAUCACUUAUUUAAAAGGUUUAAUUUUACUGUUUACAUCAGAUACAAUUUGUGA